CCGCGCCCGAUCUGUCUGUCUCGCGAGGAUUGGCGGAGAGGAACUCGGAGAGAAGCCGGUGGCCGCGUCCUCCCUGACCGAGCCGGGUGAGGUGGGGGGUGGGUACCGCCAGGGGCUGUCUGUCGGUAGGGUCAGGGUUGGGGGGGAGCAGAGCAUCAUGGGAGAAGUGUGCCACCCCUGCUGGAGUGCCAUGGACAUCACCCACUACAACAGCCAGCUGUAUGGGGUUAUCAGCAGUGUGCAUCCCAGUGUGAAUCCCAGUGUGAGACAGGCAGGGGCCACUGCACAGAUUAAUAUUAAUAAUAAUAAUAAUAAUAAUAAAUAAUACUAUGUUAAUAUUAUUAUUAUACACUGCUAGCAUACUGUAUUAUUAUUAUUAUACACUGCCUGCAUACUGUAUUAUUAUUAUACACUGCCUGCAUACUGUAUUAUUAUUAUUAUACACUGCCUGCAUACUGUAUUAUUAUUAUACACUGCUAGCAUACUGUAUUAUUAUUAUUAUACACUGCCUGCAUACUGUAUUAUUAUUAUACACUGCUUGCAUACUGUAUUAUUAUUAUUAUACACUGCCUGCAUACUGUAUUAUUAUACACUGCUAGCAGACUUUAUUAUUAUACACUGCCUGCAUACUGUAUUAUUAUUAUACACUGCUAGCACACUUUAUUAUUAUACACUGCCUGCAUACUGUAUUAUUAUUAUUAUUAUACACUGCCUGCAUACUGUAUUAUUAUUAUUAUACACUGCUAGCAUACUGUAUUAUUAUUAUACACUGCCUGCAUACUGUAUUAUUAUUAUUAUUAUUAUUAGUAGUAUACACUGCUAGCACACUUUAUUAUUAUACACUGCCUGCAUACUGUAUUAUUAUUAUACACUGCUAGCAUACUGUAUUAUUAUUAUACACUGCUAGCACACUUUAUUAUUAUUAUAAUUAUUAUACACUGCCUGCAUACUGUAUUAUUAUUAUACACUGUUAGCAUACUGUAUUAGUAUUAUUAUACACUGCUAGCAUACUGUAUUAUUAUUAUACACUGCUAGCACACUUUAUUAUGGACUGCCUGCAUACUGUAUUAUUAUUAUACACUGCUAGCAUACUGUAUUAUUAUUAUUAUACACUGCUAGCACACUUUAUUAUUAUUAUUAUACACAGCCUGCAUACUGUAUUAUUAUUAUACACUGCUAGCAUACUUUAUUAUUAUUAUACACUGCUAGCAUACUUUAUUAUUAUUAUUAUUAUUAUACAGUGUUAGCACACUUUUUUAUUAUUAUUAUUAUUAUACACUGCCUGCAUACUUUAUUAUUAUUAUGCACUGCUAACAUAAUUUAUUAAUAUUAUUAUACACUGCUAGCAUACUUUAUUAUUAUACACUGCUACCAUGCUGUAUUAUUAUAAACUGCUAACAUAAUUUAUUAUUAUACACUGCUAGCAUACUUUAUUAUUAUUAUUAUUAUUAUUAUACACUGCCUACAUACUUUAUUAUUAUUAUUAUAUUAUACACUGCUAACAUCAAUAUUAUUAUACACUGUCAGCAUACUUUAUUAUUAUUAUACACUGCUAACAUACUUUAUCAUCAUUAUUAUUAAUUCACUACCAACAUACUUUAUCAUCAUCAUCAUCAUUAUCAUCAUUUAUACACAGCCAGCAAACUUUAAUGUUAUUAUGUAACUAUAUAUACUUUCAGCCCCCUUGCAUCGCUUUGAAAAAGUAAUAUUACUCACUUUUUCUCCCACGCCGUGCCCCUCUCUGUGGCUGACUUCGCCUCCUUGGCUGAGAUCAUCAUACUUAAUGAUCUCACCCUAUCCAAUGCUUUACCAUAGAAAAGCAUUGGGAGGCUAUUAUUAUUAUGAUAUUUAUAUAGCACCAUCAAAUUCCGCAGCGCUUUUCAAUGGACAUGUUGUAACCAGACAAGUUGGACACACAGGAACAGAGGGGUUGAGGGCCCUGCUCAGUGAGCUUACAUGCUAGAGGGAGUGGGGUAAAAUGACACAAAAAGGUAAGGAUAGUAUUAGGGUAGUGACAGUUGCAGAAGAGGAAUCAGUCGGGAGCUAUUAACCAUUUAAUUGAUACGCUUUUAUGAAGAAGUGGGUUUUUAACGAUUUUUUUGAAGGAGUGGAGACUGGAGUGAAGGAGUGGAGACUGGGUGAGCAUCUAAUGGAGGAGGGAAGCGAGUUCCACAGGAACGGUGCAGCCCUCGAGAAAUCUUGAAGGCGAGCAUCAGAGGUGGGAGUACGGACAGAAGAUAGACAUAAGUCUUCAGCAGAUCGUAAGGAUCUGACGGGACAUACUUGUGUAUAAGGGAGGAUAGAUAGGUGGGAGCAGCAUUAUGUAGAGAUUUGAAAGCAAGAACCAGAAUUCUAACAGUAGGGGACCAAGGACUGAACCUUGGGGGACACCAACAGAGAGGAGUUGGGGAGAAGAAGCAGAGCCAGCGAAAGAAACACUGAAAGAGCACUGGGAGAGGUAGGAGGAGCACCAGGAAAGAGCAAUAUCUUGUAGACCGAUAUUGCUGAGGAUGAGAAGAAGCUGUUGAUGAUCAACAGUGUCAAAAGCCGCAGACAGGUCAAGGAGAAUUAGGGUAGAGUAGUGACCACGAGAUUUUGCAGCGAGUAGAUCAUUGGAUACUUAAGUCAGUGCCGUUUCCACAGAGUGCUUAGGGCGGAAACCAGACUGAAGCUGGUCUAGCAGAGAGUUGGACUCGAGGAAGUCUGAGAUAAGACGAUAGUUGGAUGGGGAGUUAGGGUCAAGAUUGGGCUUAAACACAGUGGUGCACCAGUCAGCAUCUCCUCAUAGAGAGGCAUUGAACCCAUGCAUCUAUAUGCAGAGCGUGGAGAUGCCGAAAGUUGAUGAUGCACAUUGUGCAGCACUGACGCAGGAAGCACCUCUAGUGCCUGUCUGAGUGACUGUUACUAGAGGUGUUCCUAUACAGUGUUACAUUAAAAAGCAUGCAGGGACAGGCUAUAUAUACCAGAACAACUACAUUAAGCUAUAGUGGUUCUGGUAACUAAAGUGUCUCUGUAAAUUACUGAAAUAACUCCCUGUUGAGAAAAUGCAUCAUGUGGGAAAUCUGAAUUUUUUUCUAAUAUUUACUUUGUAUGUGUUUAUAUCCACCUGUCACUGGUGUGUUAUUGACUUAUUUGUAUAGUAGUAGUUGUGGAAUCUUCAGUUAUGCUUGCCUAUAUUGUCUCUGUUCUGGGAAAUUGCAUUUACAUUAAUGAACUUAAAGCUGUGGUUUUUAUUUAUUUAUUUUAUAAGUUUUUCAUUUAGUAACUGCUUGAAAAUAUAAAGCUUUUUUUUUCUUACGGUACAGUAGACACUUAAAUUGCAUCACAAAUCGUGAAACUUUCAUUAACAGCAUACCAUGAUUUCAGCUCCAGGUCAUCCAUACAACCUCAUCUGGGGAAUCAGACUAUAGCCAACCCAAUAUUAAAGGGAAACUCCAGGCACCCAGACCACUUCUGCUCAUUGGAGUGGUCUGGGUGCCAACUCCCACUACCCUUAACCCUGCAACUGUAAUUAUUGCAGUUUUUAUAAACUGCAAUAAUUACCUUGCAGGGUUAACUAGACCGCCACUCGAGUGCACUUCCUGGUCUAUAGCACAGGUUUUCUGUGCUAUAGCAUCUCUGGACGUCCUCACGCUAUGUGAGGACCUCCAGCGUUGCUAAAAUCCCCAUUGUAAAGCAUUGAAGGCAUUUUCAAUGCUUCCCUAUGGGGAGGUCUAAUGCAAGCCGCGCAUUAGGUCUCAUCCCACCGACGGCCGCACAUGCGCAAUUGGUCUCCCCCGCCGGCUGAUGGCAGGGGAGGAGCGUGGGCGGAUCCCAAACCACUGCAGAGGGACAUCAGCGGUGGUCUCAGGUAAGUCACUGAAGGGGUUUUUACCCCUUCAGCAACAUGGGAUGGGGGGUGGGAGGGAGAGGGGACCUGCAGUGCCAGGAAAAAGAUUUUAAUAUAUAUUUAGUUAAAUUAAAACAUGUAUUACACCUUUAACUGGGUUCAGUUCUGGCCCGAGGUCAGCAACACAGAAGAUCAAUGUGGACAUUUUCUGUGUCAGUAGAGUGUUGAUGGUCAGGGAUUCAAAGUGAAUAUAAAUGUUUACGUCAAUAUAACUGAACGAAAAGCAUACCUGAAUUUUAUCAGUUCCAUUAUAUUUGCCUAAAAAUCACUUCAAGGUUAUUCAUUCUUUAGGUGAUAACAUUGUUAGUGUUUCAUACUUUGUGUUGAUUUGUAACGCCACUUCUGUCAUCAGCGUAACCAGAUUAUUAUAAUAAUCCCUUAUUAUAAUAACCCUAUUAAAUCCCAGCACCUUCCUCUAGCCAACAAGCAGACUCCACUCACAUUGCUGCUGCCAGUAUGUGACUCCGGAGUCCUGCCACUGGUAUACUCUUAAUGGCGCCGUCUGCACCCUGUGCCAAAUCUGAUCCUCCCGCUUCUUCUUGAAACCCUGUGAAGGUGGAGAACGUUGAUGUCACGUCGGAAUGUGACGUGGCGCUGCAUGCCUCCAUGCACCUCCAGGUACUCCACUGUCCAUUUGACACACAUACACCCACUUGACACACACACACACACACACUCUCACAGACAGACACACACUCACAAUCACUGACAGUGUGUGCAUACACUCACAUGCACACACACUCACAGAUACAAACAGACACACAAUCACUGACACUCACUGACAGACACACACACAUACUCACUGACAGACACACACAUACACAUACUUUUCUUUAUUGUUUCCUACCUUUGGGAACCGAUGUGGGGCCUCUCCCUGGGGUCCAGUGGGGAUCAUCUAUCUGCUCCUCACUGCUCCCUCGCACGGUUUAGUGGUACUGGAAUAUGACGUCAUUUUCCGGUGCCCGGCUUCACUACAGACGGCGCGUGCGAGGGAGCAGUGAGAAGCAGGAACACUAUGCUCUCUCACUGGCCCUCCUCCCCGGCCGGGUAGGUUUUAGCAGAGUAGGCACCUGCAAUGUGGGGAAAGCAGGUGCCUUCUCUGCUUUAACAGUACACUCGCGGCUCGCCAGGCCUUGUGGGCCGCGAGUUUGACGUGCUUGUAGUGUAUGUAUGUUCACUACUUGUCCAUUUCAGUAAACUCAAUUACUGUAUAAUUUGUUAUGCUGCACUGUUUCAAAUAGCAAGGAUUUAUGUAUUUAUUUUAUUUUUUCCAGAAGCAUAAAUGACAAGUGUGAGAAGUUUCCACAGAUACACUCCGGAACAUUUUGCCAGUUCCAGUAGUAAAUAAUUACCUUCUUGGGUGUCAUCAGAAGAAAAUGAAAGAAUAGAAACCUUUUGGGCAAUUACAUCCUCCCUGUAUGGUCACAGUUUAUUACAUUUUCAAAUAGCUUAUAAACAAAAGUACAUCACGUUCUGUAGGCUGACACGUACAAUGCCCAAAGUUGGUAUGCUAAUACAGAAGUGUAAACCUCUCUAUAAAGGAAAACAUUACUGUUUAAAUAAUCUUUGGUGAUUACUGCGAUCGGAGCAUCUGUUGUAAUAUUUGUAUCGAACUAUAAUUUCACAAUCCGAGAUGGCAGAAACAAAUAAAGUGGGAGGUUUCAAGUAAGGAUGCACAAAACCAGAAUCACUGUAAAUAGUCAGACAAGAUGGACCAGUUUUCCUUUAUUUGUCAUCCAAUUAUAUGUUUUAAUAAUUAGGGUUGUAGCAAAUUGAGUUUUGUUUUUUCUUGCCAGCUGUAUCUUAAUUUCCAGCACCAGUCAACAGUUGCUUACUAUGCUCAGUCAGGUAAAAUUGACGUCAGCAAGCAUAUAUAGUAAAACGUGGUACACAAUUUAUUGUAGCUCAGUUAUUUUUCUUAUAAAAACAAAAACAACAGUUAACAGAAAAUAAGAAGUGUGUUUUUAAUUACUGAACAUCACAGGACAGCUUUUUUAAAAUAAAUGUAGAAAAUCCACACCAUACUUAGUGCGCUUGGAACUGUAUACCUUCAUCUUGGUGCCCUGUAAAUCAUCAUUAUAAAUGUUUUCUUUUCUGCCUUUAAACAUAUUGGAAGAGAUGAAACAGAAACAGUUUCUGUUCUCCUCUUGACUCGCAUCCCGUGCCCUGGCUGUGCCUGGUCGGAAUUGGAUGAUGUUGCUUGCAAUGUCUUUAAUAUUUAAAAGAAAAGUGGAAUAAUAUGAAUUAAAUUUAACAUAAGUUAUAAGUGAUUGUUGAUGCUUUAUUCAGUGGUGUAGUUUCCACAGUAGCGACUGUUUCCCUUUAACCGUACCCUAAAUAUGCAUUAAAUCAGGGCUUGACGAAUUUGUUUGGAAUCUAGGAGCCAGCUAAAAAAGUUAGGAGCCAGUUUUUUUUUUAAGGGACCCUAUAGUCAUCAGAACCACUACAGAUUAAUGUGCCUAUAGCCUGUCCCUGUAGCCUUUUCAAUGUAAACGCUGCCUUUUCAUAGAAAUGGAAGUGUUUACAUUGCUGCCUACUAAGACCUCUAGUGACCGUCACUCAGACGGCCACUAGAGUACUAUGCCAGUGCUCUACAUGGAGGCGCUGAAUGUUACCCAUAGAGCAGGGGUUCUCAACCCAGUCCUCAGGACCCCCUACCAGUCCAGGAUUUGGGUAUUACCUGGGUGUGUCUAAGGUGUUUAAAAAAAGGGAAGAAAAAAAAACCUUAGACUCUAAGGAGUUUUUUUUUUCUUUUUCUAAACACCUUAGACACACCCAGGUAAUCCCUAAACCCUGUACUGGUAGGGGGUCCUUGAGGGCAAGGUUGAGAACCCCUGCCAUAGAGAACAUGCUUAAUAUCUUCCUAGAUCUCAGCUAUGGAGGCGGGACAAGCAACAGCGAAACCAGCACGGCGUAAGGAAAAAAGGAAAGUAAAAACACCUAUCAUGUGAUCGGAGGGGGACAGGUACCUAAACAGCCAUAUAUAUAUAUACACACACAGACAUGCACACACACACUGAGAGAUAUACAGACAUACACACACUCAUUGACAGUCUUCCUGCAACUCCUCUCUGCUCCCUCGCACUGUCUGCAGUGAUGCCGGGGCUGGAAUGACCUCAUAUUUCGGCUCCCGGCAUCAUUGCACAGCAUAAGGUAGCAGAGAGGAGCUGCAGGAAGACUUCUCCCUUGUGCGCUGCCCCAGCCUGCCGCCUCAAUUCUCCCACUGGUGGCCAGUGGGCCGCCUACACAGCUUCCUGAGCUGGCCGCCUCCAUAUUGCCACUUGCAAUGUCAAGUGGAGGUAUUUGCAAAUUAUAACAAUGUCGCUUUAAGGGAAGUGUAGCUCACCUCGUCUUGCCCCCAAGGUCACCACAUACUGAGUACUGAUGUCUCCUUCUGGGACAUUUGCAAAGCUUGCAGUGAUCCCCAAAGGUGACAGACAGUUUAAAGGGAUACUGUAAUGCCAGAAAUACAAAGCUGUGUUCCUGGCACUCCUGAACUCUAGUGCAUCCCCCCUCCCUCGCAAUUAGCUGAAGUGGUCUGGGUGCCUACAGUGUCCUUUUAAGGUUUAAAAGCUGUAAAGAAGAAGCUGAGUUAAAAAAAAAAAAAAAAAUGUUGUCUAAAAUUUCCAGUGUCCUUGUAAAUUGUCCACAAUUCCUGAUCUAGUGAGCGAUCUCGUGUAUGUUGUAUUAACAAUAUCGACAGCAAACUUAAAGAUUCAAAGUUCUACUUAUCUCAGCUUGGAUCAGGGCCUGGUUAUAAACUGAGCACUGAUAAUUGUUGUCUGCUAUUUGUUGCCAUGCUUUGUAUUGUGGCUUCUAGAGGCACAUGAAGAGGUUUGGGAGACAUUGUGCAUCUCACAUUGUACUGCUCAUUCAUCCAACAUCUGUUGUGUGAAUGAUAGUCAGUACUAAGAAGUAUUUAAGAAUGAUUUCCCAACGAUGGUACCAGUUGCAGAAGUAUGUAUUUAUAUUUCCGUGCACAGCUUGAUUUAGUUCAACAUUGUGCUGUAUAAAAUGGCUCUCUGUCACUAUAUAAUAGAGGUUGUUGGUACAGAAUUUUAAUUACUCUGGCAUCAUAGUAGGAAUUACUAUUAUUGAAAAGAAAGCAUGUAAUAUAUGCAUAUAGUUUUUGCAAUACCGAUAAAGUUGAAGCCUAUUUUCAGAGCAUCUCAGAUUGGCUUACCGUGUUUUAUAGGGGUGGCCAUUUGUCAGUCUUCGGAGAUCUGAAGUACAGUUUAUCCUGCUGAGAACCAUAUGCAUUUUGAGGUGUUGAGUUCUUGUCCAUGUGUAAUAAAGUGCUAUAUGCAUCAAUUAUGGUGCCUGUUCCAGUCAAAUGUGUUUCUUUUGCCACAAAUAAGCAGUUAGUCUCUGGUUUGUCAUAAAAACACACACGCACACACUCCAACGCUGUAAAAAGUUUCUUGAAGAUUCUAUCUCUUUGAUAAGCCACGAUUUGCAUUCAAAAGAGGUAUUUAACAGUGUACGCAUUACAAAAUAGUAUACACGGAUGGUAUAUUAUAAGUAUGUUAUCUUGUCUUUUUUCCCCAGUAAUAAUAAUAAUAAUAAAAUUUAAAAAAAGUUUUCCUUUAAAUGGAUAUUCUCACAUGCCUGUGUCCAUUUUAACUAUUACGGAUGCCAUUAGCAACCAACAGAACAAAGCAGACAGCCUGGCUUUAUUUUUCCUCUAACCUCUAAAACGUAAUUCUCUAGUAUUUGUGGCACUUAGUCACUUUCCCAGAAGUUACAAAUGCUUGCCAGUAAAAAAGGCUGAGUAACUUCGUCCUCUGGAGACCCCGUCACAUAUUAAUCCAUAUUUCUUUAUCUUUCUAUGUUUGUUAUUACCGGUAAGGGGAUAUUUGUAAUGCAGUCACUUGUGGCUCGUGGAGAUGAAAUUUGUCAUUGUAAUUCUUUUAUCUGGCUGUUCCUUCUUAUUUGUACCGGAUUAGUAUUUCACAGGUUAUUGAUUUUAAGUGAAAUGUUAACGGUCUUGCAAAGCAAUCAUACAUUGUACUUACACUGUAAUAUGGUUUAUUUUUAAUAGAAUAAACUGAUCCGCCAAGAUGGAGGAAUUGCUACUGCUACCGGGAGAAAUUGUUAAAGACAUGGGUACGCAUAUACUUCAUAUACAAAAUGAAUCAUGGGACAUUACAACCAAUGUCAAAACCCAGGAUCACUCUAACUCUCUCCCAACUGAGCUAUUUUAGUUUGCGUCUUUUUUAAAUGAAUAUGGAAUGCAGAACACUUAUAGACAUAUCUGUUUUACCUUAAAAUAAUAGUAGACAAACUAGCAAUUAAUUUAUAUAAAAUGGAUAAAUCUUUGUGAAAUAAUACAUUGUUUCUCACUUUGUGUUAGAAGAGCAGUGUGGGUUCCUUUAUCGCUAUAUCGCUUUAUUGUUAUGGUGCCUUGGUACCAUCCAACAGUAAGCAGUUGGCACAGUAAGUGCCUCUGGUCCCAUAUUCUCUUUAGAUAGAUAAUUUCAUAUCCACAUGUGUUUGGACAGAAUUGAUUGGUUGAGAGCAUAAUCUCACGAUCUGAGCCAAUGAAUUUCACCCAAGUAGGGAUAAAAUUUAAAUAACUACUACGGAAGAGGAAUUUUUGCUAUGGUUAUAUUGGAAAUGGAAAUAGCACUGGAGUUUCUCGGGAGACCCAGGUAAGUAUCAAUCUGUUUGAAAACUGUUCAACUAAUUACUGGGGGCCAAUCCUAGCACCAUGAGCACUACAGUGGGCUGCAGUGGUUAUGCUGUCUAGAGUGCCCUUUUAACAUGGCAUCCCUGGGUGUGAUUUACCAUAACAUUUUUUUUUAAAUCGUAAGAGAGUUACAUUGUAUUAUUCAUUUUUAAUCAAUUUUUUUAUCUUACACAUAUUAAUGUGUGUAUAAACUACUCAACUGUGAAUGCCCCUGUAUUGUAGAUAAUUGCCAGAGCCCCAGCCUUUAUCCAUUGUAACACACAUCCAUCAUAUUAAAGAGUUACUCCCAACAUCAGAAGCACUAUAGCCCGCUGUAAUGAUUGUGGAGCCACAACUAAUCUGGUGCUGUUCCUGGUAAGAAGGCAAACUGUUUUGCAAUAGUUUGCCUAAUACCUGAUUCAAUGCAUCUCUAUGAGGAGAUGUUGAUUGGCCAGGGCUGUGUUUGGCUUGUGCUGGCUCUGCCCCUGAUCUGCCUCCUGGACAUUCUCAGCCAAUCCAACGGUUUCCUAUGGGAAAUAAUUUUGAUUGGCUGAGAUCACAACUUUUGAUGAUGUCAGCCAAGGAAGCAGAUCAGGGGUAGAACAAACAGCAGCAGACUGCAAUAAAGAUAAGAUUUUACUAUAUUUAGUGAGGUCAGGUGAGCUAGAUGGUGUCUUUAACACUACAGGGUCAAGAAUACAUGUUUGUCUUCCUGGCCCUUUAGUGUUCCUUUAAGAUACUGACAAUAUGAAAAAUUGAGUAAAUUAAAUAAAUCUUAAUUAGUUUUUUUAUUUUUUUAUUUUUUUUUUGCAUUUUAUGGAAUUUCACACUCUUGUUACAGGUAUACAGGGUAUGCGAGGUACAUUCAUGAUUACAGCAUAGAGAGUACAAAUAUUGAGCAGCAUGUAUUGACAAUGUACUAUCAUAACCUUACGCUGAUGAGAACCAGUGUGAAGCAUACGUGUAGUAAUGACAUUAUAGGUACACCAUUAAACAGAGUAUCAUUAAACAGAGUAUCCUGGCUUGCAAUUGUGCCCAUAUUUGUGUGCUCUCCUUCUUGUCCAUUGGGCAUGAUAGUUGGAGUUCUCUUUUCGCUUUGCCAGUUUCAGUAAUUGCCCAAUUGUAAAAGUAACCCGCAUCUUCCCUGGUGCUUAGCUACUUUUCCAGUGAACAAAGGAAUAUAAACUUGGGGCAUAACCUGGGUGUAAUACGGGGAAAAGGGGAGAGGUAGAAGAGGGGAGGAGAGCGGGUGUUGGUCCCUUAGCUUAGUCCAGCAUUUAGGUCUGUUCGUCGGCCCCAAUAAAUUGCGCCGGUGUACUCAUCCAGCUUAAGUAGGAGAGGAUAAUGUGUGUGGGCUUCCAUAUGGUCGGAGAGUGAUGUCGAGAAGUUUUGCUUAGUGCUUUCCCCUUAAAGCAUUGUCCUGUGGGCUACAACGUGAGGGGUGUUUAAGUGUCACUGUGUCUGUUGGUAUGUGUCCCAUUUUUCCCAUGCCUCCUUCCAAAACUUUUUUGGGGGAUUGUUGGACCUGGCCAUUAUCUCAUACCCCUUUAUGGUUUCGAUGUGAGUUAUGCAGCUCUGUAUGUUGGGGAUCAAUCAUUUUUUAACAGGCAAUUCACUGUAUUUUUUUUGGUGGUACAUAAUUAUGGGGAUGUAAAAAAGUAGCUAUCAGAAUAUGCAGAGAAAAAGGCAAUGAUUUUCAAACUACUUUUAAAACACUUUAAUAAAUUGGAACAUAUUUUGACCAACUUUCAAAUCGACAUUUUAGAGAACAUUUCACUUUCACUCCUAAUAUAUUACAAUAUAAGAUAUCCAAGGUUUGGUUUAUUUUUAGGUUGCGAGUUGUCACAUUUUAAGGCCCAAUAUUGGCUGUAAGGAUUUUUUUUUUAAUUUUUUUUUUUACUGUUUUGUGGUGUUUUUUUUUUUUUCAGAAUCCUCUGUGUUUGUGAUUUAUUCUUUUGUGCAUUCAUUAAUAGUUACACAUUUACGUUUAAAUAGCGUGUACUUUUUAUUUGCUGCAUGCUAAUAUUGUAUUUCUAACUUGUAGCCAAAGAUGUUGCUUACAUCUGUCCAUUCACUGGAGCUAUUCGGGGAAGUUUCACUGUCACAAACUACAGACUAUAUUUCAAAAGCUUGGAAAGGGUAAGAAAUUAAUCUACUUUUUUCCUUUUGUCUACUAGACCUUUAAUGGUUGUCAUUGAAGUCAUUAUGCCUUACUUGAUUUUAGUUAUCUGUGCAUCUUAACUGAAGCUUUCAAAAAGAAAAAGACAUUUCUCUUCUUGUGACAAAUGUAUUUCUCCCACAAAUGUGACAGCUUCUUGUUCUUUGGAACCUUUAACUCGGCAACUGAAAUGCUACCAAUGAAAUGAAUUGGUCACAAGCAGAUGUGUUUUAUUGGACACUUCCUGCAGACACUAUCUUUCCUGAUUCAGUUGGUGUCAUUGUUGGAGCAGGACUAUAUUUUAUCUUGUUUUAAAAUGAUACUAUCAGUAUUUAUUUCCUCCAAGGUAACCAGCAAAUUUAUCAGUCAUGCUCGAAUUUCUCUUCUAAUUUAUAAACUGAAGUAGAAUUGUUUAUAAAAAUGUUAAACGAAAAGCAGAAAUACGCUGUGCUAUGCUAGAGAUAAAUCAUAAAAUGUAACUUUUAAUAGUGGUUAAUAAUAAAAGACACACACACAUAUACAUUAAUAAACCACGUGGACAAAAAAAAUUGAGGGAAUGUGAGUAAAAUAAUAAAGUCAGUAAUCACUUAUGGAAUCUAUAUAUUUAGGAUACACUUGCAAUGAAUAUAGGCUUAUAAGCCAUUGAAGGAUCCAAGGCUAAAUUAACUCUGUGAAAAGGACCUGGCACCCAGACCACUUCAUUGAGCUGUCCCUUUAAGCUUUACUAGUAAAGACAAACAUUUUGAAUCAGUCAUAGACAAACUGAUACAAACUGUUCUUGUUUCAGCCUCCUCUCUCUUUCCAUAUUACCAUGAUGUUAUAUAUUUCAUAAUAAACAUUAGAAACAGUUCAGAUACUAAUAGACAGAGAUACAAACCAGGCACUCCCUUUGUUCAAGAAACCAAAAAAAAGCUAUUGGAAGAUAGAAAAUGACCUAAAAUCAAAUAAUAUUAAAGGGGCACUCCAGUCACCAUAACAAGUUCAUCUAAAUUGAUUUGUUAUGGUGACAGUCGGCCCCCAGGUGCACUCUUACCUUUAAGGAUUAAAGCAUUCCCAAAAAGUUUAACCCCAAAAUGCCCCAAGCGGCAUCCGGCUUCGGAAUCUUAGUUACAGCGCACACUGCUGAUAGGCCGAAAGCAGUCAGCUUACACUCCCAGACAAUCAGUGACUCCACAUUCGUAAAACUGGCUUGAAAAGAAACAUACUUUUUCAUUUAGAUGAAGUUGUUAUUGUGCCCCCUUUAGAUAGAUAGAUAGAUAGAUAGAUAGAGAUAUAUAUAUAUAUUAUUACUGAUCUUUGUGACUCACUAUUUAUUACUUUUUUCUAAGGAUCAUCGUUUAGUUUUAGAUGCCCCUCUUGGAGUUAUCAGCAGAAUAGAAAAGAUUGGUGGAGCCUCCAGUCGUGGAGAGAAUUCCCAUGGUGUCGAAAUUGUGUGUAAGGUAAAUCAUAUGGCAGCAUUGCUAUAGAGAUGUCUCAAAAUCAAUAUAAUAUACGUUAAAGAGGAUCUCCUAAGCAUCAUAAUCCCUACAGCUUGAAGCCUAGAACACCUUUUCCUUUUAUAAAUGUCAAACAGCGCAGAUGUUGGCUGCCCUGAUAAUGCAGAAUUAACACUUACGUAUUAUCGGAAUACAUUUCAUCCAACACUGGUGUAGAGUGCUGAUGGCAGACUAGCCCAGUGCUCUCAGCUGUUAAUGUCAUCUAAGUUGGACAACAGUGACACUGAUAAUGCAGGUGUUUUAGUUCCGCUGUUGGUACUUUACAUCCUGCAGAGUUUCCUGACUUGCUACAAGAAUGCUGUACAUAACUUUGUGACUGAGGUCUGGGAGCUGUAGCUCAACUAAUGGAUUUGUUUCAUAGAAUGUUGUUAAAAGACGUACAGUCCACAGAAACCUUUGCAGUGUCUAUAGCAUUGCUUAAAAGUAUAGUAAGAUCUAGUGAUUUCCUGUUUUCCAAAAAAAUGCCGGAAUUUCAAAUGUGAGAAUCUUUUCAUUUAUUUUUUUAUUUUGUUUUUACUUUCUAUGUAAUGCAUUAAAAUGUAUCUCUAAUCACCAUAACCACUUCAGUUUGGUUCCAGACUGUAUCAGUUUUACACACAUUUUUGUAUACAGCGUCUCAUGCUGCACGCACAACUAGGUAGAGGUGCCACCUGGGGCAGUGCUGCAUACUGUGACUGACGUUCAUUGUCUUCACCCUCUGCAUGGAGACACUAUACUUACCUCAUAGAGAUGUAUUGAUUCAAUGCAUCUCUAUGAGGAGAUGCUGGUUGGCCAGGGCUGUGUUUGGCUUGUGCUGGCUCUGCCCCAUAUCUGCCUCCUUGAUGAUCUCAGCCAAUCCAGUGCUUUCCUAUGGGCUCAGAGAAUCACUUCUAAUGUCAGCCAAGCAGGCAAUCAUAGGCAGAGCCAGCAGCUCUAUAGGGUCAAGAAUACAUGUUUGUGUUCCUGACCCUACAGUGUUUGUUUCACAUAGACCAGUUAUUAAAACCGUGAACUGGGCUAGAUGCAAACUGAUAGCAGCUGUUGUAUGUUUGAUGAAUGGAAAUGCUGCAGUAGAUCAACAAUGUAUUUGUUUUGUAAGCAUUUAAGGGAUACUAGUUUAUUCCUGUGUUCUGCCUGCAAAUGCCGCUUAACAGUUCACUUAGGGAAGUUUUAGAGUUGAGUAACUUUUAAUGAUUUUCCUCAUUUUCUUUAUAUGUGAUUUUCUUUUAACUAAUUGUCUUUGUUUUUUUCAUUUUCUAGGAUAUGCGGAACAUACGUUUUGCUUUCAAACCUGAUGGACGUGUUCGCAAAUCUGUGUUUGAGUCCCUCGUGAAAUAUGCCUUUCCAUUAAAUCAUAGUUUGGUAUGAGAUUAAUUUACAUUUCUCUAGUUUCUGUGCACUGAAUUCAUACUUUAUCAAGCUGUUUAAUAAAGCAUGAUAGGAUGACCAUUUCUGGGCCUAAAUAUCAAGUUUGUGUUUUACCUAAAGCACUGAUAGAAGACUUUGUUCUUGAGACUAAAUGAUUGAACCAAAAACGGUUUAAGGAACACUCCAACCAACCAACCACUGUAGUGGUUAUGGUGCAAGGAGUGCCAUGGCACCGUUCCAUGUUAAGAUGUCAUACCUUUUUGGUACGGUUUGGCAACUUCCCUGGGUGCCUGCCACACAUUCGAUCUUCUCCAAUGGGAGAAGACAUGGUGCUCUAUUGAGCAAAGCAGGACAGUACCGGACUCCACUCACAGGUGGAAAAUACUUGGGUGACUCUCUCAGCCUUUGGUUGCGGUCCUGCUUUGUUUUAUACAGAAUGCUUGGUUGUAUAGGAAGAGGUAUUAGCAGUAGAAAGAGGGAAGUGCUCAUGCCAUUGUACAGACCUCACUUGGAGUAUUGUACGCAGUACUGUAGACCGUAUCUUAAGAAGGAUAUUGAUAAUUUGAAAAGAGUUCAGAGAAAGGCUACAAAACUAGUUUAUGGAUUACAGGAUAAAACUUACAAGGAAAGGUUAAAGGUUCUUAACAUGUAUAGUUUGGAGGAAAGAUGAGUCAGGGCAGAUAUGGCAGAAAUCAACAAAAAAAAAAGGUAUACUUUAUUUAAAAGAAGAAAAACUAUGGGUGGCGGGGCCUGACCUGCAUGGUGGCAGGACACAUUCUACCAGAGCUCCUGGCUAAGCAAUUGACACUCCUGAAUAUCUUGUUAAGCCGGAAUUGCAACCUACUGUUCUCCUGCUGUGGGGUUGCCUACAGUGUCUGAAAAAUCAAGCUUAGCCUGCAAUCUGCGGGAGGCACAGUGAGGCCUGGUGCAGGUGCCGAACGGGGGAGAUGGCCGCUCUCCCAGACAGCCAGGCGCCUCGUGCUACCUUAACUCCAGCGACAAAGGAAACACAAUACUUGACAAACUAAACCUCAUAUUUGCUGACUUCUGGACCAGACUACGACAGCUAAUGUACCCUAAACAGCACCACCAGUUUCUUGGCACAUUACCCCAGCGGAUUCCGCUUCAGACCAUGGCGAUCUCUACGGGAGCCCAUUGGAGUCGACAAGCACCUUCACUUUCCCUUACAGCAGGAACUGCAUCUUGUAACUCAUGGGCUCUGGAGGACCACCCUUUGAACAUUCCUUUCUGAGGCAUCAGCUAAACGCUCCUGAACAUCAUGGGUACUGACCCUCUCCCCACAAGAGGAGCUGCAUCCUUGGCUCAUGGCAUUUAAUCAUGUUCUAAAAGUCUGAUGUCUCUUACUCAUCAUGCCAUCGGGCAAGUUAUCUACCUUGUUUAAUCUGCAUGUUUUACAACACAAAAAUAGUGCGUUACCAGCAGGGCAUACUUGAAUAAGCAUUGUUACUCCCAUUUUCUCUUGAUAUGUCUAUUCCUAUAUUACUCUGUUUGUUCACCUUUUGCACUACAAAAAUAAAGAAUAACAAAAGGGAAUAAUUACCACAGCAAGAGGACAUAGUCUUAAAUUAGAGGGGCAAAGGUUUAAAAAUAAUAUCAGCAAGUCUUCCUUUAGUGCUGUCACAUUCGAUGUUUCUAUACAGUGACCUCUUGGUUCUUCUGCUACAGACCAGAUGCAGUGUAGGCAACCCUGUACAUUAUCCAACUACUUAUGCAACUACCAUGACACACUCUGCACCAUUACCAAUACAGCUUGUUCUUGAAGUGUUCCUUUAAAAUGAUUUGAUCUGCAUUAUAGGUGCAAGAGAAAUGUUCAAGGAAACUUGUUUAACCCAUAAGUACUUUUGAAAGUUUUUAUCUUCAUAACUCAUAGCAAUCAUUCCUUUUUUUUAAUCUGCAUAUUUUUAUUAUUUAUACGAGUUAAUAGAUAUGUGUAUAUUCUGAUGCAUGGACAGCCCCUGCACCUUUUAUGUCUGUAAAAUGUUUGUUGUCUGUUGGUUACUUGUAGUUAUGUAUCUCCGCUGUAAAGAACCCCAGAAUAUAUUGUCGCUAUAAAAUUAUAAUAUAAUGGAAAUAUGACCAAUAUUGACAAAAUAUAAAAACACUUUUUUUCUGACAUGUUGCAAAGUAUAACAUGUUUUUAUUUAUGCAAUGUUGCUAAAACAAACUUCCAUAGUACAACUUUUGUGAAACUUUGAUUUCCUCUACAGCCUAUCUUUGCUUUUGAUUACAAAGAAGUAUUCCCUGAGAAUGGUUGGAAGGUUUAUGAUCCCAUCAUGGAAUACAGACGGCAGGUACAUCAUCUUUGUAUGUAUGUUUCUGUUACUUGCUGUUUCAUAAGUGGGUCAAUAAUUCAAAAAGGAAGAUGUAAGGUGCAUUUAAUGGUAUUUAAUAAUGUUGUGUAUAAAAAUUCCUGUCUAGUCAUAUAUGAUAUUUUCCAUUGAGCCAGUAUAAGCUGUAUGAUCUACAGGAUAGGAAGUGCUACCUGGCUGAGUCACAGAACUGUGAUUAAGUGCUUCCUGCAUAAAUCAGGUUUGUCAUUAUGCUGCUUAAAUCUAGUAUCACUGGGAUUUUAUUAUGCCAAAAUAAAAGUAUUAUGUGGUGACUAUUUCUUACCAUUUGGACUUGUUCAAGUUCGUACAUACAGUGAUGUCUCCAUACAAUGCCUAUUUCUUUUUACACUACAUGUAAUCACUUAUUCUACACAGGUUCAAGCUUAUUUGUUUUGCUUGACUGGACAGUUUUAUUAUAAACAUACAUACUGCUCUUAUUUGUUUUACUUGGGGUUAUUGUAAAGUCCGGCAGGGUGAAACUCUGUGGCAAAAAUUGAAGCAUGUGACGGAGGAAGCGGCUCUAGUUGCUCUCCGGUUCCAGGUAGAUGUCAACAUUGCCAUUUGUCAGAAAAAAGGUUCCAUGGAUUUUGGUGGUGUGGGUGCUUAGAGUUUUGUAAAUCUUUUCUUUUAUAUCAUUUUUUGGGUUUCUUUUUUCAGUUGCACUUCAUUUUAUUUAUUUAUUUAUUUUUUUUAUUUUUUUUAAUUUAGGGCAUUCCUAAUGAAAGUUGGAGAAUUUCAAAAAUAAAUGAGCGGUAUGAUCUGUGUGACACAUAUCCAGCUAUUUUGGUUGUUCCUGUAAAUAUUUCUGAUGAGGAACUAAGAAGGGUAUCUGCAUUCCGAGCCAGAGAUCGAGUACCAGUAAGUGCAUGUUAUAUUUUCAUUCAUUCAUUUAUUUAUUCAUAUAAUUUUAAAUAUUUGUUUGGGUUCAAUGCCAUUUUGGUUAUUAGGGCAAAAUGGACAUUUUCUAAAAAUUGGCAAAGGAGGCAGUGCUCUGUCUAAUGAUUGACAUAUGCUAAGGCAGCAGAUCUUUAUCUUCUCUCCAUUUUAUCAACUGUAAUAUAACAUAUUCUACCAAAGAUUCUGAAAAAUGAUCAUCUUCUGAGUGUUCCAAGGGCUGCUACAGUAAACAAUAUUAGGGUAUUUGCCUUGAGUCUGAUAAAUAUAGCAUACUUUCCAAGCAGUUCUAAAGUAGUUUGACAAAAAAAAAAAAAAAACAGGGUUCUUCUGAUACCUACAGCCCAGCCCCUCACCUUUCGUUGAGUUAAGUCAACUACAGUGAUGGGCUUAGCUGCAAUGAGAGGUUUAGAGAACUGGGCUGGGUAGCAAUGGAUUUCACAGAAGACUUUUCGUUACAGGAAAACUCUUGAUGCUAAAUGAAUAUAGUUUUAAAAUUAUAGUGCUGAGACAAUCUCCUCAGUGCAAACUGCUCUGCAUCUGGUGAUUUUGCAUCUUGUCUAAUCACAAAGAAGCUUUGGAUGUGUUCGAUAUCAUAAUGGUAGGCGUGCGGACAAAGAAUGUAAAUGCUUCGAUAUUCAAAGGUCUUAAGUAGGAAGUGCCCUCUUGUGGCUGUCUGUGUGACAGACAGUAGAAAUGUCUCUUCAAACAAAUAGCAAUGUUUUACCUUGUCUGAAAAAAGGACAGCAUAUGUGCAACAAAACAACUUCAUUGUGGUGUUGCUUUAAGAUCCAAUGUUUAGUUCUGCUUAAAGGGACACUAAGCACCAGAAACACUACAGCUUAAUGUAAUGUUUCCUGGGGCAGAGGGACUGUCCAUGCAGUCUCAGCAGUGGUACUACCAACCUUUCUGAGAAAGGCCUCCUAUGACCACCUCUAUUGGCUAUCAUGCUGUGCUGACAGUCACUUGAGGCUCUUCCUGGUUGCCAUCCUGUAAGGAGAUGCCGAACACUCCUCAUUGAAAUAAAUUAAAGGGACACUAUAGUCACCUGAACAACUUUAGCUUAAUGAAGCAGUUUUGGUGUAUAGAACAUGCCCCUGCAGCCUCACUGCUCAAUCCUCUGCCAUUAAGGAGUUAAAUCCCUUUGUUUAUGAACCCUAGUCCCACCUCCCUGCAUGUGACUUGCACAGCCUUCCAUAAACAGUUCCUGUAAAGAGAGCCCUAUUUAGGCUUUCUUUAUUGCAAGUUCUGUUUAAUUAAGAUUUUCUUAUCCCCUGCCAUGUUAAUAGCUUGCUAGACCCUGCAAGAGCCUCCUGUAUGUGAUUAAAGUUCAAUUUAGAGAUUGAGAUACAAUUAUUUAAGGUAAAUUACAUUUGUUUGAAAGUGAAACCAGUUUUUAUUUCAUGCAGGCUCUGUCAAUCAUAGCUAGGGGAGGUGUGGCUAGGGCUGCAUAAACAGAAACAAAGUGAUUUAACUCCUAAAUGACAGUAAAUUCAGCAGUGAAAUUGCAGGGGAAUGAUCUAUACACUAAAACUGCUUUAUUUAGCUAAAGUAAUUUAGGUGACUAUAGUGUUCCUUUAAGUCAAUGCUAUGAGGAGAUGCAGUGAUCCCCAUUUCCUCCCUAUGAGGAAUUAUUGUAAUGGUUAAGACCAUCAGCACUAGUGAUCUCAGCCAGAAGAGGAUUGGUGGGCACAUUGGGACAAGCACUACCGGGGACAGACAAUAAGCAAAAUGCAUUAUUUUCUGACUUUUUGAAAGGCUUGAUAUUCUAACUGGGCAGUACAACACUCUUACGUCAGGAAUAUUUGUAUUUCCAACAUUAGUGUUCGUUUAAUGUAGGGGCAACUCUAAAAACGUAAGUGUUUAAGUGUGAACAUCACCGAGCAGCUCUAAAAUAUUUAUAGUUGAGUCUACAUUUAGUUCAAAAACUAAUCUCAAGGAUUAUUUUUUUUUAUGCUUUGCUCCCUUUUGACUUAAAAAAAAAUUAAAUUUUUUUUUUUUUUUUUUUAAUUCUUUAUUUUUUGCUGUGCAAAACAUUGUUCAGCAGCUGCGAUUUUCAGCGUAAAUGACAGAAUCCCUCAGGAGCCUCUCCUGCAUGCGACCGGUCAGCAUGACGGCCCGCCCCACCCCCUCCCCCGUUUGACUUUUUGUGGAUAGACCUUGUAGUCUAACCAACACAUUGGUUGUCAUUCUUGAUAGUCACCUCACUCCUUUAAUUCUUCUUAGGUUGAUAAAGCUGGGUAAUAUUAAAUGUUUUAAUUAGUUGCUGAAUUAUUUUAUUUGAAAGUGCACUAAGCAGUUUAAAUUCCCCGGGGGAGAAUAGUAUAGUAUUGCAAAUUCUCUACUGCAACAAAAAGUGUGGAGCUAUAGUGUACCACUGUCUAUUUUCUAAUAUAGCAUGUAAUAUUUUUAAUAAUGGAGUUCAUGUUUAACACAGGUGCUCUCAUGGAUUCACCCAGAAAGUCAGGCUGCUAUAAUUCGAUGUAGCCAACCCAUGGUUGGAGUCAAUGGAAAAAGGAGCAAGGAAGAUGAAAAGUACUUACAGUCAAUCAUGGAUGCCAAUGCUCAUUCUCACAAAAUAUUUAUAUUUGAUGCAAGGCCUAGUGUCAAUGCUGUGGCAAAUAAGGUAUGUCCAUUUAAAUACAUCAGUGAUGUCCAUCCACAGGGCACCUUGCACAUUAGAUGUUCUAGAAAUUUAUUAUUAAGCAGUCUGUGUUAAUUUUAGUAAUGUGUUAAAAACCGUACUGUUAAGUAGGUGUGAGUAGGAGCCAGCAGGAGCAGCAGUCAGUGGAGUCGGCCGGCUUCUCCUGAUGAUGUCUGGAGGCGUGAGCGUGACUUCCUCUGUUCUUGUCCCAGACUCCCCAGCGGUCCUGGGAGAAGAGCAGUGAAAGUCACGCGCCCUCCUCCUGACAUUAUCAGGAGAGGCCGGCCGACUAUACUGGCUGCAGGCUGCAGGGAGAGUGAGGCAAGUUGAAAAAUCAGAGUCCCCAGCCAGAGGCUGGAUGUUGGUGGUCCUGGAUUUAGGACGGCUUGGAGGGCAAUUGCCCCCUGCCCCCCGUCCCAGCCUGCCCCUGGCCAAAUGGUUCAUAUCUGCCAUCACGUUUUAUGUUUCUGUGAAAUUUAAGAUCAAUAUAGCCGAGAUUGAAAGUUCAACAAUGUUUUUAGUUUGGCUAAUCUGGCCUUAAAUGUGAAGUUCACUUUGAAUUCUCACUUUAGUAAAUAAUUUAAUAAAAACUUACAUACUUAUUUUUCUCCUUAUAUCCCUUAAUAUAGAUCACCACAAUGUGCUUAAUAUAAUAGAUGUAAAUGUUAGGUAAUUUGGGCCUAAUUCUCAGGGUUGCUGUAGUGUUUCAUUUUGUGUAUUAAGAUGUGUUUUUGUUGACACUUGUACAUACUAAUCCUUUCUCCAUUCAUAUUAAUAUUUAGGCCAAAGGUGGAGGGUUUGAAAGUGAGGAUGCAUAUCAGAAUGCAGAGCUGGUCUUCCUGGACAUCCACAAUAUCCAUGUAAUGAGGGAAUCUCAAAGGAAACUGAAAGAGAUUUCUUACCCGAUAAUUCAGGAAUUAAACUGGCUUUCCAACUUGGAGUCCACUCAUUGGUUAGAACAUAUCAAGGUAGAACAAACAUAGGUAUUCCAGUGAUUGCUGCUUAGUUAAAGACUACUCAGGGCACCAUAACAACGUCAUCAGAAUUAAGUUCCUGGGCACUGGUUUACUCCAUCGAGUUAAACCAUUAACAAACGUUUUAACCUGAAAUUCUUCAAUCUUAUGCCCUGCCCCAUAACUUCUGUUGUACGUCCAAGGAUUCAAUCAAGAGGACUCUGACUGGACGACGCUGAAAGCACACCUUUUUCACUCAAUUUGUGAGUGGGGGGCUUCUGAUAGGCUGAGAGCAUCAACUGAUGCUCCCAGCCUAUUAGUGGUGCCCAGUCUGAGGCUUUCUGAUUGAAGCCUCAGAGAUAGAGCAGAAGCUCAGGGGUAGAUCAAUCAUUUCGAUGGAAUUGUUUGGGGCAUGAAGUGUACCUUUAAAAGACCUGUCACUCUCAUAUAUUCUGUUAAACAAGGAUUGUCUAACCUUAAAAUCUCAUCUUCUAAUUAUGAUUCCCAUGGCACGGAGUGGCACUGAUUGACUUGGCAUAGCAUUUUACUAAAUAAGGACAGUGUUGUGCUGGUGAUUUGGAAUUCGAGCCAAAGGAAUUGGGCACACUAGUCCUAUGGUAUUUCUGUGUGUGUGUGUUUCCGUGUAGUGAGCUGUGUUUAAUGAUUUUUCUGUGGGUGAGCUUCUGUGUUGGGAUUUUUUUAGUAGUGAACUUGUGUGUCUGUGAGUGAGCUUGUGAAUGUGUCAGUGAGCUCAUGUGAAGUGACAUUGUGUGCAUGUCAGUAAACUGUGUAAUCUUGUGUUUAUCGGGGAGCUUAUCUAUGUAUAUGUAUAUAUGUAUAUUUACCGACAUAAGUGUGACUAUUUUUAUUUACUUAUUUUGGAGAGUAAUUGGAUGUCAAUUGUACAAAACAAAACAGACGGCCAAAGAACAGAUCGAAUAAAUAUGCCAAAAUUUGAAUAAAUGGACAUAGCUGAAAUUACGAAAGUGAAAAAAAUGAGGCAAAAUUAACUAAAUUGUAAUUAGCCUAUGGUGUCGUGGUUUCUAUGGUUUCAUAUGAAGCAGUUUCACACCAGUCAGAAGCUGUGUCUUCUACUAAGUGUUGGGAGUGCUGUUUCUACAAGCUUACUCUAUAAUAUAUCUCACAUAUUGACUCUCCAGAAGGCGUUUUUUUAAAUAUUACAUUUCAUAAAACAUUCACGUAAUCUGUCACACUGUUAUCUUUCCUGUACCAUAUAUUUGAAGUUACCGGUAAUAUUAAGACCUAAUAUACUUUUUAUAUUUUCUAGAUUUUGAAACCUUUCUUUCUUUCUUUUUUUCUGUAAAGCUCAUCCUUGCCGGUGCCUUGCGGAUUGCUGACAAAUUGGAGUCGGGUAAAACGUCUGUUGUUGUACACUGCAGUGAUGGAUGGGAUCGCACUGCGCAGCUGACAUCACUGGCCAUGCUUAUGCUCGAUGGCUACUUUAGGACUAUUAGGGGGUUUGAAGUCCUAGUGGAGAAGGAGUGGAUUAGUUUUGGGCACCAGUUCCGUCUUGUGAGUCAUUUGUUUUAAUGCAGACAACAGCCUUUUUCUGCUAUCCCUAUUAUAGGCUAUCCAUUCAUAUGUAUGGGGUUUUAUACCUCCAAUGCAAAUGUAUUGUUUGUUUUUAAUUUGAUUGCAAAUUACAAAGCCCACACCCUGUCAGUUAAAACCUCGCCCAAGCAAAGUUCAAGUUAAUACCUAGUGCUCACUUAUUGAAGAGCUUCAUACUUUCUGCAUGCCUUCUGUUCUCCUCCAGGUGAACAUAGACGAUCCAGAUACCAUUAAUUGUACAUUUAAAUAAGCAAAUUUAUGUUUGGUUAAAAAAAAAAAAAAAAAGAAGCAUAUUCUAUAGAAAUAUAAGGUUUGAAACAUAGAAUGUGGCGGCAGAUAAGAACGAUUCAGCCCCUCUAGCCUGCCCAAUUUUAUAAAUCCUUUCAUUAGUCCCUGGCCUUAUCUUUUAGCUAGGAUAGCCUUAUGCCUAUCACACGCAUGCUUAAACUCCCUCAUUGUGUUUGAAAAGUUGUAUAAACAUAACAGAAAAUUGUGUGUGUUUCUGUGUGUGCAUAAGUGUUUUCUAGAAUGCAUACAAAAUAAACCUCUAUGAAAGACUAUAUUUGGUUGUGAAGCAAUUGAAAACCCUUUCAUGGCAUGCAGUGUGUGGGCAGUCCAAUUGGCUGCAUCCAGUGGCGGAAGUACCGUGGUCGCAGCUGCGACCUGGCCCGUCACUCCAGGGGGCUGUGGUCGCACGUUAAGGGGCCCAUGCUGUUAGGGCCACCCCGAUGGCAAUGAAUAACAGCGCGACCGGGCCCCUGUGACGAUAUCAGAACGCAGGGAGGAAGUGACUGCCCCUGUCACUUCCUGCCAGCAACCACUGUGAGUCGCGUGGGAGGAAGAGCGGAGGGAGUAAGAGUGGGAACUCUGACUCACAUCAGGCUGAGCCACCACUGGACCCCAGGGAAGUCACCCUCCUGCAUCUAAAAGGUAGGAAACAGGAGGGUGACUUAAACAUUUUGCGUGUGUGUGUGUGUGUGUCUGUAUGUAUCUGUGUGUCUCUGUGUGUGUGUGCGCCUGUAUGUAUGUAUGUGUGUGUCUGUGUGUUUGUAUGUGUGUGUGUCUACAUGUCUGCGUAUGUGUGUGUAUGUAUGGAUCUCUGUGUGUAUAUGCGUCUGUAUGUAUGUAUGUAUGUAUGGGUCUCUGUGUGUAUGUGCGUCUGUAUGUAUGUGUGUGUCUACAUGACAGUUUGUGUCUGCAUGUUUACGGGGUCGGGGACGUAUAGGGCCCAGGGCAGUUUUUGCACCAGGCCCCAUGGUUUCUAGUUACGCCUGUGGCUGCAUCGUUGAUGUUACUCAAGGAAUUUUUUUUAUAAUCUUGUAUACAUAUUAUACAUGUGUACAGUGGUCAUGAAUAUUAAUAAAAUAUUUUUUCUCCCAAACCAGAGAGUUGGUCACGGUGAUAAAAACCACGCUGAUGCAGACAAGUCCCCAGUAUUCUUACAGUUUAUCGACUGUGUCUGGCAGAUGACUAGGCAGGUGAGCCCUGAUCCAUUGUUUACCUGAUGCACGGCAUUACAUGAUUAAGAGCUGUUAUUGUUUGAUUUUUAGCAAGAUCUAGUUUCCACGUAAUAAGGGAGAAUUUUUAUAGAUAAUGAAAGCAAGAUAUCUAAUAAGUCUCUCCUAAUGUGUUUUUUUACCUUCGCUUUAUCUGAUCUCUUGUGGCUUUUUGAUUUUCUGUAACAGAAGCAUAUUAUGACACAUUUGUUUUCAGACAGUACUAGACUGGUUACUGUGUUACUCUGCUUGCCUAAUCAUAGAUUGAAUUAACCUAUAUGGGGGUCAGGACAUUCUAUGCAGUCCUCUUCUGAAUGGGCUUUAACGCCGUUAGGAAGCCAUAGAACAUCCUGCAGUUUUGGUAUAAGCAGAGUUAAAUCCCUACUUACAUCAGGGAGUUCAAGCUAUCAAUGAGUACCUGGGGCUCUCCUCUGUCAGUUUGGGCUAUUUUUACUGGCCUCAGACUGACAGUGCUUAAUGUGAAUACUGUACAAAGCUGUUUAAAUGGGCAUUUAAAUCCCCGUAAGCUGUAAUGAAGUGUAAGCAGGUUUAAAUUCCUACUCACACCAGGAAACCCAGGUAUUAAUAUAUAUGUGGGUCUCCCCUUUGCCAGCUCAGGCCAUUUUUUAGUGGUCCAAUACUGACAGAUGCACUGUAUGCUGCGCUCAAAACGUACAGCCUUUUAAAUAAGUAUGUGAAUUGUAGCUUAUUACUCCAUCAUGGUGUGAGCAGAGUUAAGUUACUUCUCACACGAGGAAGACCCAGGUGUUUAUGGAUACCUAAGAAUCCUCUCUGUCAGUUGGGGCCAAUUUAAACUGUAUGCUGCACUUAAUUUAAGCGCUGCAUAUAGACUUUUAAAUCCACUGAGAACACCAUGACUGAGCAAUCACGAUUCUAGGGCUUCAGGCUGCUGAAGAGAGACCCUGAGUAUCUCCCUGUAUAUUUCCAAGCCAAAUGCGAUUGGUGCUGGACUUUGCCAGCUGCCCUUCACCGAUCACGAUCAGCUGGGAAAGCAUGCUUGAUUGUAUUACAGGGAAAUCUUCCUGUUUUGCUAGAAAUAGACAGUGGGGGGGGCGUGGCCAAGCCGAGGAGCGAGCUGGACGCACAGGAAUAGAGGUCCGCUCAGAAAAUGUUGAAUACAGCAUAGUUAAGCAACAAACUACAAGGGAUACUUCACCUAAAAUGGACAAAAGGAACCCCAAAAAACAACUGAAGAAAGGGGCCAAAGCCGGGAUCCCUGUCAUAAAUAUGUUUGCCGCGCAAAAAUCUGGACCGGCAGAAAAUCAAGAUGGCGCCGGACGGAACAUCGGCCAAACAUCAAGCAUGCCACGUGUAGUAGACGUCGAAGGGGAAAGCCUGGGUGCCACCACACAAAUAAUGGCCAACCUAGCUGAAGUGAGGACCUUCCUGGCAGGCGAAAUUGGCAAAUCCACCGCCGUCCUGCAGGCGGAGAUUCAUGCCCUGGGGGAGAGGACUGGUCGCCUGGAGGAGCAUCUGGAGGGCACCACCAAAGCUUAUAAUGAGGUGGUAACCCAAGUCAAUACACUCACGCCCGUAUGGCCGAAGCCGAGCUCGCACUUGAGGAUAUGGCCAAUCGGUCAAGAAGAAACAACUUUCGGGUUCGAGGCCUACCGGAGAGGGACGGAGAAGGGCCACUACAGGACCUACUGCUGGCCAUAUUCAAACCAUUACUCCCUGAUAUGCCAGACAGGGCCCAUAGGGCCCUGCGGACAAGGCGGCCGAUACCAACUCCCCGAGGUAUAUAAUAAUCAAGUUCCUGCACUUCACAACUAAGUAGGCCCUGCUCCGGAAAAGCAGGGAGACUCCCAUUAAACACCAAGGAGUGGAGAUUACCCUAUACCAGGACCUUGCACCAAGCACCCUUCAUCGAUGAAGAGAGUGUAAACCUAUCACAGAGGCCUUGCGUGGAGCUGGGGUCCGGUAUGUAUGGGGCUUCCACCUAAUGGCUUUCCGUCACAGUAUAUAUCAGAGUAUAUAUCCUGGCGGCCGGAGGCGACCCACGCCGAUUCUUCGGAGAGGGGGAAGCUUGGGGGGAGGCAGGGAGGGGGAACAAGAGGAUGCCUUGACAUGGAAGGCGGAGGGCGAUAAAUGGCGAAACAUAAUGUUAAAUGCCUCAUGUCAACUUUUAUGCAAUGUUUAUAUAUAACCCAGUGCCCACACUGAUCGGAAAUGGCUUGUGCCCCCCACCAUAGCGGGCACCCCACUAACUGAUAACAGCAGGGUGGAGGAGACAUAGGAGUAGGCACUUAGACCCUCAACCCAGGAUAGACAACCGGAACACCCAGGGCAACUUGACCAACGCUGAGGCGGUCUGGCACCACUCUGAUAAACCCCACAUGGGAACCUAGAGGUGGGUGGGGUACCGCCCAGCGCAGGGCUGUCACACAGACGACAGGUUUCAAGGACACAGUCUCCCCCAGGGAAACCCAGAUCCUGUAGAAACAAGUAUAUACCCCGACAGAGUGUAGGUGGGAAUGGAGAAGGGGAAGAGCGAGGGCUGAUGCAGGAAGAAUAGGGGGAGGGGACAGCCUGCACUCGACAGGGCACAAUACACAAAAGCCACCCAUCCCCACGCACCCAAACUAAAAAAGAGAAAGAUAAGGAAAGACACAUAUAGGUGCCAUUCAAACACUGUAACCCUCCCCCGGAUCCCCUCCAUGCAGAAAGCACCUGGGGAGAUGAUCAGACGAACACCUCAACUCAAGCCCACUCACCCUGACGCAUCCUUAUCACAUCAGGGAUAGCCGCCGCUGGCCCUCUAGCCUGUGCUCCCAGGCGGCUGCCUGGAGACUGCGUAAACGCCCCUUACGAGCCCUUAUAGACACACGGUCUACCUGGUCCAGCCUCAAACUAAAACAUCCAAUAACCCUCCCGACACCGUAGGAUAAAAAUGAGUGACCGUGCACCGAUAAUGGGGAGCCCUUCCCUUACUGCAGAUUAUAUACCCCCCACAUAGAGGGACAGAGACAACAGAGCCCACACUGACAGAUCCCCCUCGAACUAUGCGAUGCCUAGCUAGUGCGUGAAAAAGUUAUUCUCUUUUCUGUUUAUCGCCAAUGAUAGGGUUUAACAAGACCAAGUUACAGAGUUUUGCUUAGAAAACACCACACUAGAAUAAGUAUCCCACACAAACUAACCACUAAGGCUAUACAAGAGCAACACAGCAUUUAACAGCAAUGACUCAUGGACCCUUAUCUCCCACUAGCGCGAAACGCAAUGAAGGUGGCGGAACCUGUCCCACAUUUAGGUCUGGCAGGUACUAAGACCAGACGUCUCAUGUUUUAUUCUAGGUACGAACAAAACGUACCUUUUUCCUUUCUUUACUCUAUUGUUCUUCUUACCCUUUUCCUUACCUUGUGAGCGGGGGGGCAGAGAGACCAGACCGACACGCAAUAUGUGGCGAGACCGCUGAGCAGACUGACACACAAAAUGACCCAUGGCUGUGAAGGUUAUUUCAUUGAAUGUAAGGGGGCUGAAUGCACCCACAAAAAGCCGCCUUAUGUUACGUGAAUUAAAAAGAAUGAAGUCAGAUAUUGCUUUCCUACAGGAAACGCACCUACCCAAACAAGCAGAGUUUACACUAAAGGACCAAACCUUUACGGUGACACAUGAAGCUUGCGCACAUCGCAAACACAACAGGGUAGCGAUCCUGAUCAAAAACAGUUGCCCGCUGCAAAUCACAUCGACCGAUAUAGACGAGGAGGGGCUAAUGGUAUCGGGGACACUACACUCCGAUACAAUUCACCUGAUUAAUGUCUAUGCCCCUAACUGACCGGACCCUGGGUUUUGGGAGACCUUACAAACUAAAAUUCAAUCAUUGCCACACGGCAUGUUCUUAGCGGUGGGAGACUUCAACAGUGGACAGAAGCUCACACAAAGGGGUUCCUAGAUCACAGGGUGGGGGGGGGGGGGGAAGGACAAACUAUUACAUCGCUUUAUGAGAGAAACGGGCCUCGUGGAUGUCUGGAGGGCGCAUCACGCAAGCAAGGUCGACUAUACAUAUUAUUCAGCCCCGCAUGGUACAUAUUCCAGGAUGGAUUUCUUUUUAGCAAAUAGCAACUGUAUCUCACGCACCAUGGGGUCCACCGUGGGGUCUAUCACGUGGUCAGACCAUGCAGAGGUGACGGUCACCCUGGGAAACCUCUGCUCGGCAACCCCGUGGCAGUGGAGACUUAAUGCAUCACUGCCACGUGACCCCAAGAUAGUGGAACAAAUACACAAAGAGAUUGGGGAAUACUUUGAUACUAACUCCACCCCAGAUAUGCAGAUGAGCACCGUUUGGGCCGCUCAUAAGGCAGUAGUGAGGGGAUCCCUUAUCCGCAUAGCGACAAUACAGAAAAAACUUAAAAUACUCUAGAAAGACUCUUGACUAACCUCAAAACACUAGAGCAGAGACAUAAAGCUCGCCCAGACAGACACCCUACGACAGGUGGAAGAAGGAAGACUUGCCAUAAAAGAGCUACUCCUGGACGACACAGCCCGAGCCCUAACCUGGUCCAAAGGGACCUUCUAUGAAAAAGGGAACAAGAUGGACACACUGCUAGCCAGGACCCUUAAGCCUAGACAGAGACGAUCGCACAUCAUAUCCAUAAGACAUAAUGACGGAACAACAAAAUCCAACCCCAGAGACAUAGCAGAAGUUUUCAAGAACUUCUAUAGAGCACUCUCCGGGCAACAGAAACUAUGGGAACAGAGACAUUGAGCUAACACACAACUUCCUCACAGACUUACGUCUACACAAGCUGUCACAAGAGGCUAUAGUCCACCUGGCAACUGAAAUUUCAGAGGAAGAGGUUGAAAGGGCCAUCACUGGACUGAAAGGUAGCAAAGCCCCUGGCCCCGACGGGUUAGACGGGACCUACUGUAAGACCUUCCGGAACGUCCUAACCCCACAACUAUGCAAACUUUUUUUUAACGACUUUCGGGGGACCGGGGUACCAAAUCCUGAAAUGUCAAUAGCAAACAUAGUCCUAUUACCCAAACCAGGCAAAGACCCCCUACUGCCUGGGAGUUACAGGCCUAUCUCACUGAUAAAUCAGGACAUGAAGAUACUAGCUAAAAUUCAGGCGGAUAGGCUCAACCCAUACCUAAAGUCCCUAAUAGUCUCAGAUCAAGUAGGGUUCAUACCGGGGAGCCAACUCUUCGAGAACACACGUAGAAACAUGAACCUCCUAUGGAAACAAGUGACCACUCAUACGCCAACAUUGAUCGUCUCUAUAGACGUCGAGAAGGCAUUUGAUAGAGUGAAGUGGCCAUACCUAUUCACCCGUCGCGACGGUAACGGCUAUGUACAGAAAUGUACGGGCACAAGUGCAGAUUACAGGCGCCCCUCCGACACCCUUCCAAUUACAUAACGGCACUAGACAGGGAUGCCGAAUGUGCCCUUUACUGUUUGUACUGGCACCAGAAUCCCUAUUACAGGCGAUCAGGCAGCAUCCUAACAUACACGGGGGGAUGAGACUUCGUAGUGGCGACAUAUGCGGACGAUGUGCUCUUGACGUUCAGGAGGCCCGUGGAAUCUAUGGAAGCCCUCAGAGGGAUCCUCGCCACAUAUGGGGAUAUAUCAGGGUAUAAAGCGAAUAUGUCCAAAUCAAACGCACUACCAAUAGAUAUGACGGCGACCGACAUUGCAACAAUACACAACACACACGAUAUACAUAUAGAGCGGACCUCCCUAAAGUAUUUGGGGAUACACCUCACUGCGGAUCCGGAAUCUCUAUACAAAUGCAUAGAUGUUUCCCCUGUGGAAAACACUAAACCGAGAUAUGGAUCAGUGACUUGAUAAGCCCUAUCCUGGAUAGGGUGGAUCCACUCGGUUAAAAUUAAUAUCAUGCUGAGAAUUCUAUUCUUAUUUCAAGCACUACCAGUCCCACUUACUAAAGCUCAACUUGCACCCAUACAACAGAUGAUGAAUUGGACUAGGCCUCCCCAACCUUUUCUUCUACCUAGCGGCACAAAUAGCACAGGUCGCGAUGUGGCAUUCCCCCUCCAGACGAGAGAAAAUGGGUGGAAAUAGAAUCGAUUAUGAUGGGUGCAGACCUACCCCAAUUCAUAAUAUGGGUCCCUAGGGAAGAUAGACCUAUAGCCCGAGCUACCUGCCCCGCGAUUCUAAACUCUAUCAGACUGUGGGACUCCUAUGGGCUGAAAUAUAGCCUCACAACUUCCCCCUCCCCCCCACACCCGUGUUACGCAAUAGAGCUUUUAGUCCAGGUAUGGCAGCAUGAGAUUUCAGAAACCUAGAAAGGGCAGGAAUACAGAGGUUAUACCAGAUAUGCCAAGGGGAGGAACUAACCCCAAUUGACGAGCUUAAACAAGGACAUCAUUUCACACCAGCCAAUUACUUUAGAUACCUGCAGGUUAGAGAUUUUGAUAGACAAUCACGCAUAAAAGAAGCCGCGAAAAAGCCAAUGAUGUUCUUUGAACGCAUAUGCACAUCCGACAUAACCCCAAGAGGUCUGAUCACUACACUAUACACUCACUUUUACUCUGAGACAGGUUAGUCGGGUGGUCUCCUCUACACUGACCAGUGGGAAAAAGACUUGGGCAAAAAGUUGGAGGGAGUGGAAUGGCAGGAAAUCUGGGAAGCUAACAGCAUGACAUCUUAUGCGUCAGCCAACAGGAACAGUCGUUUAAGACGAUGUUCUGAUGGUACACGACCCCAGUCAAACUAUACUACAUGCGCAAAUCCACAACGGACGUGUGCUGGAGGGGCUGUGGGGAGAAAGGGACCUAUUUACACAUGUGGUGGGGAUGUCCGCAAGUCCACACAUUCUGGAGGGCUAUAAAGGCACUCUUGGCGCAGGUAUUCUCCAGAGCACCAGAGCUAGAUCCAUGAGUAUACCUCCUGAAUAGAGAACUAGAGGGGUGGACCAGACAGGAACAAAGGUUACUGCAUAAAAUCACUUUAGCAGCACGACGUGCUAUGGCACACACGGCUAAAACAGAAUCAGAGACUCGGCAGAUGGUGCGGGGUACUACUAAUGCAUUCCACAAAACAUGGAAACCGUGGGACAGCAGUCCUCUGGCCUAUUAGGCUCCUCCUCCCCCCCCCCCCCCCACCUCUCCCACUAAUCCUAUCACUCUUCUCUCUUCCCUCUCUCUUCUUUCAGGCCCUCUCCUAUGGGGCUCCACUUACUCACACAUUGAACACAUAUUAAGUCCUGACAUAGAUGAGAUGAUAUGAAACACGGAUAUAUUUCAACGGGAAGGGCGGAGCUUUGGAUUAGGAUGCCACAGUUCAUAGCGGAGACACUCACCCCAGGAUUUACAAAAUGCUGACUCAAAACUUUUUAUCCUGACCUGGGUAGUCUCCACUCGACACCAACCAACUCCCCUGCAGGGCCUUACUUCCCAGCGACUACUGUAAAACACCUCUAAUCCAGCUUUGAUACCAACCAACUCCCCUGCAGGGCCUUACUUCCCAGCGACUACUGUAAAACACCUCUAAUCCAGCUUUGAUACUAGGCAUCUAGUCAGGACAAAAAUGUGCACUGAUGCUCUCAUGCUUCAUAUGCCCAAUUGAAAAGCCAUUGUUAAAUUGUAUGUCUAUAAUGCUGGGGCUGGCUAAGCCCAUGUAAUGUUGCUUUUAUCCUGUGCACAAAAACAAAGAAUUAAAAAAUAAAAUAAAAAAUAGACAGUAGAUGGUGGAAACUAGGAAACCCAUUUGCUGAUCUCAGUACUGAUAUUUGCAGCUUGUUUCCAUAGGGAAAGUUGGUGGGUUUGUGGGUUUGGGUUAAUGAAGUUUUAGGGUUAGUUUAUGGUUAAAGGGAUUCUUUAGUGUAAGAAACACAAAGCUGUAUUCCUUACACUGUAGUUCCCUCUGGUUGCCCCUUUCCCCACCAACACAGAACCAUUGUGUACUCACCCGAUUCCAGCGCCGAUCUCCCUUGGAGAUUUUACUGACGUUGGAUGUCCUCAUGCAGAGUAUGACCAAAAGUCACUGGGCAAGCAUGAAGUGCCUCUAAUCCAUGAGACAGCCACUCCAGGCAAUCUUAACCCUGCAAUGCAAUUAUUACAGUUUUUCUAGAGGAAUUGGGACAUUACACCCAGACCACUUCAAUCAGCUGAAGUGGUCUGGGUGCCUAUAGUAUCACUUUAAGGUUAGGGUAAGUAUAUGGUUGGUGUAAGCAUAGAAUAAGGGGUAUGGUUGGUAUAAAACAAACUAAUGAUGAACAAGCUUAUAAUUAAAGUUGCAUGACAAUGGUGGGUAAAACCCUAAUUGCAGUUUUAAAAAGACAUGGAAGGUAGUCCUGAAAUAAGUUACCAAAAAGUACACAAAAUUGCUGUUUUUUUCAGACAAAAUUUGCUCGAUAGUGAACCUAUCAGAAAAUAGAAUGCCCUCAUUUAAUUACAGCAGAUCGUAUAGAGCUGCUAGUGUUCGAUAGGCAGUGCAUUCCGUGCUGACAUUGGGCCUAUAAAGACCAGACUGGGAUGUUAGCUAAAAAUAACGUUGGUCUUUAAAUGGUUAAAGAAUAAACAAAAUUUAAUAAAUAUUUGGAAAAAGCAAAUCAACGUUUUUUUUCUUUCUUCUUAUAAGUGGAUUGUUUCACUUAAAAAAAAAUUAAAUAAAUUACUUUUCGGUUUUCUCUUCAGUUCCCGAAUGCCUUUGAAUUCAAUGAACAUUUUCUUAUAACGAUUUUGGAUCACCUCUACAGCUGUCUGUUUGGAACCUUUCUCUGUAACAGCGAACAGGAGAAGAUAAUAGAGGUAGGAUCAUUGAGCUUUAAUGACUGUGACGUUUUGCCAGUAUAUGUGCUCUCACAUUAUUAUAAUUUUUUUUCUUUUACUUGGAGUAUUUCAUUGUAGGUUAUCCUGUGAUAUUGUUACCCCCAAAAAGGUGAACUCCGUUAUGUUUUAAAUUGUAAAUAUUAAAUGGUAAAACGUUUAAUCAAGCACUUGGUAUGUUACUUUGUUUAGAAAUGUUCAGACCUUGGUAUAUAUUUAUAUGGGAGACUGAUAUGGCAAUAACAUGGUACACAAAUUAACAAUGCAAGCAUAUGGCAGUCAAAGAAUAUCAGCAUUGGCAAAAGUCUCUAGAGUGUUGAUUAUUUGUAAUUUUGGAGCUAUGGUGUCACGAUGAAUCUUACAUCUUGAAAAUUUGAGAAGUUUCAAAAGAAGGCAUCUUAAGAUAUUGGUAAUCUUCAAAAGCAUGCUGUUUAACAGCUUAUGCUGAUGGUCCUUGUGACUCUGAUUUUCAGAGUAGCACCCCUUACUCAUCUCUCAUAGAUUGCAUAGCUAUCCCAUCCAUUAUGUUCACUGACUGGAUUAAUGAUCAUGAGAAUCAUAAGAAUAUGUAGUACAAAAACAUCUAUCAUUACGUCAUAGGCCAAAGGUUUUUGACACUUACAAUAUUCUUUCUUUCUUUCUCUCUCUUUUUUUUUUUUUUUUUUUGUGGGGUUGAAGACUGCGUGGUCCUAAUGGUUUAUGUACCCCCUAAUGUAGCUUUAUUACUUUUUCUUGUUUCCUGCUCUCUUUCAUGAUACCCUUCUUCUUUAAUCCCUUUUCUGCCUGUGCAUAUCAUAUUCCCUCUUUUCAUGGAUUUCCAUAUUUAAUUUUAUUUUUGUUUGACUUGCUAAAUGAAUGUAAUAAGAGAUGCCUGAUAAAGCAGCUAUUUUUAUUUCAGUACGAUAAACUUUUUUUUUUUCUUGACGUUUUAUAUUUUUAUGAAUUCUGCUUCUGAUCCAAACACUUUAAGAGAUUUUUUUUUAUUGGAUAGUAUAUGUAUAAUUUUACAUCACACUUAUUUAUGUGAUGAUAUUUUUUGCCUACAGCAAACAGGCACAGCCAUGGGGACUAGGUUUGUCCCCAGCUAUGCCAACAUAUACAUGAGAGAUUGGGAAGCCAACUUCAUGUGGAGGGGGCAUGGCUGGGUUGCAAAGCUGGUCCUCUGGAAACAUUUUAUUGAUGACAUUCAAGCACUUUUACUGUGUGAUAUUGUGAAAGACACUGUCUUGUUGUGAUCCAAGGGUGUUUUUUUUUUGUUUUGUUUUUUUGUAUUUAGGGUCUCCAGCAAGAGUCAGUGUCCCUGUGGUCUUUCAUUAACAGCCAACUUGAAGAUUUUACCAAUCCGCUGUAUGUGAACUACUCUAAUCAUGUCUUGUACCCGGUGGCCAGCACGAGACACCUGGAGCUGUGGGCUGGAUACUACAUACGGUGGAACCCAGGAACAAAGCCACCGGUACUCUAUUAUUAUUAUUAUUAUUAUUAUUAUUAUUAUUACUGGCAUUUAUAAAGUGCCAACAAAUUCCGUAGCGCUGUACAAUUGGAAAAAAGACAAACACAAUAAGAACAGACUGAUACAACCGGUAUCUGUGAGCUUUCAAUCUAAAGGUUAAACUGGGGAGAUGAGACAAGAGGUAGCAGAGGGAAUUGUAUGUGAUAGCAGAGAGAGUAAAUAGUAUAACUGCAGCAGCUGAUAGCAUGUGAAGGGAAUGCGGAGGUGAUUUGGCUAUGGUUCCAAACAGCUGGAAGAGCAUGCUAUAUAGUAAGAAGGAACCAGGGUGGGUGGGUAGAGCCGAGUAAAAUAAAAUUUUUAGAGCUUUUUAUAUCUGAUAGAGCGACAAUCAUACAAAAAUCACAGGGUACUUGGCAGACAAUAGCAUUUAAGUUAUAUUCGUGUGAGGUGGGUGCAUGUGUAUGUCUCAUGCCUUGACAUUAGCACUUCAGCUACAACGUAUAUCGUGUUAUUUUUUUUAAACACUGUACAUUUAUUCUGUGAUGUUUUAUUUUGGGUAUGGGUUGAAGUUGUGCAUUUUUUUUUUUUUUUUUAAAUGCACUUUCUAUCGUGAGGACCACCUCAUCCUAAAUAUUGUGUGUGGGAUCCCAAAAUACCUUGCAUUCACAUGCUAGACAUUGUGGGAUUCGACACUUUGAGGGCAGUAGAGGCUAUAUAAAAAUAAUAGGAAGUAAACACAUACAAUAAAUGUGUCUGUUAUAUUUUCAGGAUGCCUUCAACAACCGCUGUAAAGAUCUACUGGCAAAGCGUGCUGAGCUCCAGAAAAAAUUGGAAGAACUUCAGAGAGAGAUUAGCAAUCGGUCUACUUCUUCAUCAGACAGGGGUAGCUCUCCGCAGUCCAUCGCCCCUGUGCAGACUGUUGUCUAAGUGUCCACAAUGCCUUUACAUUUUCACAGUUCCACUAUGAAAUCCUUUGUUGCUUUAUUUCUAGGGGAAAAAAAUAAUAAUAUUUUAUGUAUCUGUGUCCAACAAAGAUACAGGCAGCCAUUCUGGUGAAACUGACCAGAAAUUGAGCUUGUUCAGUCACCAGUUUCCAGAAUUAGUGCUGAGUGUAUUGGGUAAACUUUGCCUGGAUCAGAUUAGUCAUCGAGAUGUAGCAAUGCAAAAUAUUGUACAUUGUUGUUUGUUACUAUGCAAUUCUAUAAUUUAUAGAAAUUAAAAAGCACUAAUUAUCAGAGCAGCACUAGUUAUGACUGGAUAUCAAAGCAAACAGACUUUAAAUUCAAAAACUUUCUUCUUUGUGCAAUUGACUACUGGUGGCCUUUACUAAAACCAGGGUUUCUAUGUGAUGGGUAAUAUGUACCCCUCAGAGUGAUUCUAGCCCCCACCUCCAUCCUCAACUUGCUUCCUGAAGUUGAAAUACUCAGUGUAAUAAUUUUGUAGUGCCCACUAAAUAUUUAUGUACAGUUGUCAGAGCAGCCCCCAUGUGUUCCUGGACAUACAUCACUUUAGGCUGGAGGGGCAUACAUGUAAACGUCUGCUGUGUAGUAUAAUUAAUGUGAAAGUAAGCAGGAAUCCCAAUAAAUUACAUUGAUUAGUUAAACAGACACUCCACUGCCCAAAUUGAAAAAACAAACCCAUCACUGUUUAGUAGAUAUAGCCUAAUUAAGCUAAAGCUGCGGAGCUCUUGGCUGUUGACUUUGCAAGCCCUCCCCUUCUAACCCCGCCCAGACUUUCUGUGGCUGUCCAAUCAGACACUUUCCAAUGCAGCUUAAUGAAAGGUCAAGGCUGUUGCUCUGAGAAAAUGCUGCCACUGAGAUAAACAACCAGGAAGUAACAGGACUAAUUGUCUGAUUGACAGCUAAGGGGGAGGGCAACAAGGUUAAUGCAUAAAUGUGCCAAUUUCUGCACUUUUGUACAGUGAAAAAAGAUGACACAGUCCUCAAAGAUGAAGUACUUCAUCAAGCUAAAGAGCUUUAGGAGUGUGGAGUGUGACUUUAAUGCUGCAGCAUUGAAUGCUACAUAUUCCAGAGCAUCUCUUUUCAUGUGCCAUCUAUCGGAUGAUAUACAUCUUGAAAGAUAUGUAGAUAUGGCAACCAUAUGCUGAUGAACAUCCUUCUACAUUAAACACUUCAGGGACUUUAACAUUUGACAUUUACUUGUAGUCAUCUGAAGAUAAGCUUUAUAAUGAAAAAGCAAGCAGCUUUUACAUGACAUUUCUUAAUGAUUUGAAUGAGCUUACAGCAUUCACAUUUUUUUGUUCCGCCUAGAGUCUUUUGAUAUUUAUGGUUAGCAGAGAUAGACACCAAUUUAAAGUCAGUCUGAUUGAAUCUGUUGCUCUCAUUUAAAAUAAGUCAGUCAGAUUCUAGCUUGUCAUAAAUAUUUAAAUUAAAUCUCCUUUAAGAAUUCCUCUUCCGCUAACAUUAUGAAUGAUACGGUUCAGAAUUUCAUCCAGCGCAUUUAUUCCUGAGUCGGAUUACUUGAACGUGUUUUACAUAAUCACUGUACCAGCAGGAGCACUCGCAUUACACUAUUAUUUACUGAGCAAGUGGGACAUUGUUUAUUCAUGUGCAAUCCAGGCAUCAAGUCUUUUGGGUGAGUAUCCUUGGCCAAAGAAUAUAUUCACUUUGGAUUUUAAGAAGCUGAGUUUUGUAUAUUUAAAAUGUUAUUUAUUUUUAUAUCUUAACCUAUACUCAGGCUUCUAUAAUUAAAUGAAGAUAAUCUCUAAUACUUAAUGAUCCAUGGUGCCUUUAUUGUUUAAACUACUUUUGUAUUCAUCCCUAGGCUACUAAUUACAUGUGCGUCCUCAUGGAAAUGAGCAGUAUUACAGUGUAGAAAUUUGUCAACAAUAAUGAAGUGGAACAUAUUUGCAGGCUAAUGCAAUGCUUUCCUUGAAACUGUGUCAAACAGUUGUCAAAACACUAAUUUCUUGGCCAAUGACAAAGUGUUAAAGGGAAAGCCUUGGCUCUGAUUGGCUAUGCUGAAUGGUAAGCCGCACCUUAUUGAGCCAAUCAUAUGACUCCUCCCCCUCCCCCCCCCCAAACAAAGUACAUACUGAAAAUGUUGUACAUGUAUAUAAAAAAAAAUAUACAUUGUCUAUUUUGCAAAGUACAUACUGAAAAUGUUGUACAUUGCAAAUCAGACACAUUGCUUGAGCUAUAUAUAAUGUCUAGAAGGCUAUAUAGUCUAUAAGUACUGACUUGUUGAUUAAUUUGUUAAAGAGGGGAUCCUCCUGCUUUUGUUUUAUUAUUUUUGAAAGGCACGUACUCCCCCUGUCCUCUUUUUAGAGGAGUAUUCAGACAGUGGACAUACAAUAAAAGUAUGGUACAACUGCUUUGCCUGUGAUUCGGUUUUAUUUAUUUAUCCCAAUUUAGCAUUGAAAAGGCAGAUUGUGUUGGUAGCAUCUUGAGUGCACUUUGUUCAUGCUUGGGAGAUUCACAAUUCUCUGAGGUAGGGAAAGGCAAAUAUUGGCACUCAAGAUGUUGUGGACUUCAUCUACCAUGAUGCUUUGCCAGCAUUUUGGCUGCAAGAGAAUUAUGGGCGAUGCAGUCCACAAUAUCUGGAGUACCAAAGGUUGCCUACCCAUGCAUUCUGAGCAAUUCUGUUAUCCUAACUUUAUUUACCUACACAACAAAAUCCUAUGCAUCGGAUGGUGGACCAAAAUAAAUGGCAUAUAAAAACACUAGUUUUAAAAUUAACAUUAAAAAGGUAACUGUCACUACUAGGCUGUUGAAUGUUAUGUUUACCUAUCCCUAUAUUUAACAAACAUGUAUUUUGUGAUGUAUGAAACAUAAAAUUAAAUGUUGAAACUCCUUUAUCCAGAGAAGAGGAAACAUGAGCUAAUAUUUUUAAUUCAUCUCUUCAUUUGCACUGGAUUUUGAUGUGAUUUACUAAAUCUUUAAAGACACCAUAAUAACUAUAACCAAUUGAAAUUGUUAUGGUAGCUGGGGUCUGUUGGUGCAGUAUCGCUGUUAAAUAGUUUACUCACCAUUUAGUUGAGAUUCUCAGUCUCCUGCAUGCCAGGCUCUGGUUAAAAAAUUGUAAAGGCGGAGCUGUGCUCUGCUUUGUCAUACCAGAAGUAGUGGGCAGUGAUAGGCCAAUCACUGCCAAACUUACAAGUAGUCAUGGUGGUAGGAGUAUGUAUGUGAUAUUUUUAAAUGUGUGACGGGGCAAGGGCACGUAUAGAAUAAAACGGUAAGGCAUUAUUCCAUAUCAUACAAAAUGGGUUGGAGAAACCCUUUAACCCCUUAAAGGAACACUAUAGUCACCUAAAUUACUUUAGCUAAAUAAAGUAGUUUUAGUGUAUAGAUCAUUCCCCUGCAAUUUCACUGCUCAAUUCACUGUCAUUUAAGAGUUAAAUCACUUUGUUUCUGUUAAUGCAGCCCUAGUCACACCUCCCCUAGCUAUGAUUGACAGAGCCUGCAUGAAAUAAAAACUGGUUUCACUUUCAAACAGAUGUAAUUUACCUUAAAUAAUUGUAUCUUAAUCUCUAAAUUGAACUUUAAUCACAUACAGGAGGCUCUUGCAGGGUCUAGCAAGCUAUUAACAUAGCAGGGGAUAAGAAAAUCUUAAUUAAACAGAACUUGCAAUAAAGAAAGCCUAAAUAGGGCUCUCUUUACAGGAAGUGUUUAUGGAAGGCUGUGCAAGUCACAUGCAGGGAGGUGUGACUAGGGUUAAUAAACAAAGGGAUUUAACUCCUAAAUGGCAGAGGAUUGAGCAGUGAGGCUGCAGGGGCAUGUUCUAUACACCAAAACUGCUUCAUUAAGCUAAAGUUGUUCAGGUGACUAUAGUGUCCCUUUAAGGACGCAUGACAUGUGACAUAUGAUUCCCUUUUAUUCCAGAAGUUUGGUCCUUAAGGGGUUAACAGUGCAUUGUCUGAGUGAGAUCUUCAGCAUUUGGUGUCAAUAUCCAUUUAUUAUCGCUCCAAGGAUUCUCCCAUUUUCAUAACCACUUGGGUAAAUACAUUUUUGUGUGAUAUAUUUGCCAACUAAAAUAUUAUAACACUAUGACUAUGCAAUUAAAUAAAUGUCAAAGCACAUAUGAAAGGAUUUUUUCUGAAUUGUUUUAAUAUUUAAAAAAAAAUUAAAACUGAAAUGUUCUUCAAAAAACAUAAUUUAUUUAAAUACUGUGUAUGUAUUUUGUAUUGUAUAACCUCUGAACUGUACUGUAAGUCAGCCUUAAUUAAAUAAAGACUAACCGGAGUUACUAGCA